UUUCCCGACUGUAGUGUGUGAAGUACUAUUUGACGAGUCUCAGUUAGAACAAACUUCAAUAGUGCUAUAGUAAUUCAAGAAAUCUUUAUAGAGUCCUUGAUUUAUUACAUAAUGUUUUAGGGGUUUAUGAUCUCCCAUUUUUCACGUGUUCCCGUUUGAAUCUUGAAUUUGUUACCAAUUUAUGUAAAAUUACCUUUAACAAAGGUAAUUUUACAUAAAACUAUUUUAGCAGCCUACUUCCCUAACACAUAAAAAAAUAUAUAGCAGCCAUAAAUAUACAAAGAUAAAGGAACGUGGAGCGUGUGACAAAUAACUAUGAAUUCUUACAAAAUAAAGAACAUAAACAUUUUGCUCCUUUUUAUAGUUUGUCGAGAAACAAUAGUCAAUUGUGAAUCUCAAAUUGCACAGGUCAAGUUGGACGGUGACCUGGUGUUAGGGGGAUUAUUCCCCAUGCACGAGGCAACUGGAAGAAAUGGUAAAAUAUGUGGGGCUAUCAAAGAAGAGAAAGGAAUUCAACGUUUAGAAGCUAUGCUUUAUGCCUUAGACCGUAUUAACAAAGAUCCAUUUACUUUACCUAAUGUCACUUUAGGAGCAUUUAUCUUGGACACCUGCUCUCGUGACACGUAUGCACUGGAACAAAGUAUGGAGUUCGUAAAGGCUUCCUUGACCACUCUGGACGAUUCUCAGUACUUGUGUGAAGAUGGACGUAAACCAAUCCGGAACCUCCAGAAACCUGUUGUCGGAGUUAUAGGAGCUUCUUCCAGCUCUGUGUCAGUAAUGGUGGCGAACAUUUUACGUUUGUUUAAGAUUCCACAAAUAAGUUAUGCUUCAACCAGCACUGAACUCAGCGAUAAAGCAAGAUUUGGCUACUUUUCUAGGGUGGUUCCGCCUGAUAAUUUCCAAGCCCAAGCAAUAGUAGAUGUCAUCCUGAAGUUGCGUUGGAAUUAUGUUUCUACUGUGGCUGUAGACGGUGACUACGGCGAAAAAGGCAUUGAAUAUUUCAAGAUGCUAGCUCGAAGAUCAGGAAUAUGCAUUGCAGUAUCCGAGAAGAUUUCUCGGGACUCCAAGCCAGAUGAUUUUAGACAGAUUAUAAAAAGGUUGAGUGGAAAGCCUCGAGCUCGUGGAGUAGUAUUAUUCGUAGACGAAGAUAAUUGUAGAAAAUUGCUGGCGGCCACAGUUGAGUUGAACAAGAUAGGUCAUUUUCUGUGGAUAGGAAGUGACAGUUGGGGAGCUAAAGUACAUCCUGUUAGAAACCAAGAAGUAGCAGCAGAGGGCGCUAUCACAAUUUUACCAAAAAGGAAUGAAAUAAAGGACUUUAACAACUAUUUCAUGGCCUUGAGGCCGAGGAGUAAUUUGAGAAAUCCUUGGUUUAAACCGUUCUGGGAACAGCAUUUCAAAUGCAAAUUUCAAAACGAUUAUACAAAUGUGGAUCUUUGUACAGGAACCGAAACCUUGGACAAAUAUGCACAGGAAGGAUUGGUACCAUUUGUGAUUGACGCUGUGCACGCCAUGGCGCACGCGUUGCACAACAUGAUGAAAGAUCGUUGCAAGUCUUUCAGGCAGUGUGAAGACAUGUUUCCAGCGCCCUCUGGAAACGAACUGUUGACGUACAUUCGAAAUGUGUCAUUUAAAAGUCCUCAAGGUGGUGAUAUGGUUGUUCGUUUUAACCAAGAUGGGGAUGCUCCAGGAAGCUACCACAUAUUCCAGUUUCAGAAAAAAGCCAGUGGAAAAUAUGACUACAAGAUUAUUGGCCAAUGGAGCGAGGAAAAAGUUCAACUCAACCUGGGGCUUGCUGAAUGGAAAGGUUACAGUGGAGUGGUUCCUGCAUCAAACUGCAGCGACCCCUGUCCACUUGGUCACAUUAGACAAUUCCAGCAACACACCUGUUGUUGGAUGUGUGUAGCCUGUCGAGAGGACGAGUACAUAUUUAACAACGAGUGCUCCUACUGCCCCGAAGGUUACAUGCCACGUGCAGACAAAACCGGGUGUUUCAAGCUCCCUUUGGAGUACAUGACUUGGAACUCUCCGUGGGCUAUAAUACCGGCAGCUUUUGCAGCCUUGGGAAUUAUCUGCACAUUUUUUACAUUCGCUGUUUUUGUGUAUUUUAGUAAAACUCCGAUCAUCAUGGCAUCUGGUCGAGAAUUGUGUUACCUACUCCUUUUAGGCUUAGUGUUUAGUUACUGCAUGAGUUUCGUAAUCCUGGCUAAACCUACCAUCGUCACGUGUACGCUGAUGAGAAUAGGCUUAGGACUGUGUCUCAGCCUUUGCUACUCCGCAAUUUUUACCAAAACAAACCGAAUCUCGAGGAUAUUUAACCGCGGUAUCCGUAGUAUCAAAAGGCCAAACUACACUAGUCCAGGGUCUCAGGUAUUAAUCUGUCUUGGAUUGGUAUCAGUCCAGUUAGUGUUCGCAAUAGCUUGGUUUAUAGUAGAGCCUCCUAAAUUACGAGAGACUUAUCCGACAAGAACUUCAGCUGUUUUGCAGUGUGGGAUCUCCAGUAUUUCAAUGGUUGUAUCUCUUAUCUACAAUAUGUUAUUAAUAGUCCUUUGUACAGUCUACGCCUUCAAAACACGUCAGAUCCCUGAGAAUUUCAACGAGGCCAAAUACAUUGGAUUCACUAUGUACUCCACGUGCAUUGUGUGGUUGGCUUUUAUACCAAUAUACUUCAGUACCAAUAACGACUUCAAGAUUCAAGUCUCUAGCCUUUGCAUCUGCAUUAGUAUCAGCGCUACUGUAGCUCUAGGCUGUCUUUUUAUGCCCAAACUGUAUAUCUGUCUCUGUCAGCCUUACAAGAAUGUCAGGACAGGCGGAACACAGAGCAACACAUCUGGAGCUUAUGGUCACAGUAUGAGGUUUACAAAAUCAACCGCCAGUGCUGCUUUAGCUUCCAUUGCCACUGCAGCAGUUAUUGGUACGACAAGGCCAGCCAUAGCUGCACAAAGUUUCCGUUCAACAACUAAUGGUGAUGUGUCCCCUAGCCUAGAGGAAAGCAGUAUAAACUAAUGAUGUUAAUAACUGGUUUUUCUAAAGAUCUUGACAUGGAAGUAUAAAAGGUCGCUGUAUAAAAGUUUUUCAAUUGUGAUCACUUAUCAAUAAGUUUCAUAUAUUCGCAGUCGUGCUGGAACGAUCUACAAUUGUUUAACCUCAAAGUAUUUGUUGGUGUGUUUAAACUAUCGACGACAGUUCCGGUUUUGAAUUUAAAAUUCAGCUAAUCUUCCCCAAGAAUAAGCUGCGUUUUACCUAACAAUGAAAAGUAUGAUGCAAAGAAAAUGUCUUGGGAAUGUGCACGACAUUUAUAAGUUCUACGUGGUCACCCCUCUCUUAAUUAUUGUUACACGAUGUUACCUCUUACAACUCAACGCACUUUAUGUGUGUGUCCGAGACAAAAUAAAUUCCUUUGCUUUGAUCUUCUUCUUCAAUAACUUAAGUGAUUAUUUGAAUUUCUUACAGAACGCGUCCCUGAACGCGAUGUUACUUGGAACACGCAUCCGUUGGCCGUGUGUGUUCGCAUAUAAACGCAAUGACUGGCUAGUUCCCAGUCACAAACAAGAUAUAAUAGGUGUUCAAGCAUAUAGCGACGGAACUGUGAACUAUAUAAGAUUACCACUAAACUACAGAAUUCGAACCAUUGAAUGGAACCAUUGGAUUCACUAAUCAAACACGAUGUAAAUAAUAAUUUUUGAAAAUGUGUGAAAGACCUUCGUUGCUCCAAAUAACCGUUUUAGUGGAGCGAUUCGUGGGGUAUUUGGUUCAGGACCGAUACAUCAUAAAACUGGAAUAUUGAACAACUAUUUUGGCGGUUCUUUACAACUUACACCCAGUUAGAAAAUAGUCAAACAUUAAGCAGCUUCGAUGUUUUUGUUCUGUUUUUUUUUUCGUAGAUCUGAAAAAGAGGAUUCCGGCAACCGAAUCAAUCGUUUCUCAUUGCUCGGUAUUCAAAUUGACAUGAUAGAACACAAACUUCUUACUCAAAUCUUUAAACACUGUCUACAGAUUCUUACGGGGCUCAUGCGUCUGUGAACAGUGUAGAAGGAUGGAACUGGGAAGUUUGUUUGUAAUGCUUAAAUGUGUUUUAAUACUGAAUUAUAUAUUGCAUUGUAACUUGUAUCAAUUUUUCAAAGGACUGUAUCUGCCUGGAACCUUGUGGUGGACAACGUUUCGGACUUCAGCUAAGAGACCGAAACUUCUUUCAUCACACGGCUUCAACCAGUUGUAGGGCUUUAAAGAUUAAACGCUUAUACUAUCUACUCUGUUAUAAGCAUUAUUAAACUUUCUACUUUGAAAAACCUUACUUUUCACCAGACAUAACGUUUGGUUUAAUUUUCUUAAAAUAUCCAGUAUAUUUUACACGACAUGCCUUAAACCUGUAUUUCUUAUUAUUUUAGUAUCAGCUUUUAUUGUUGUUGGUGUGUGAAAUAAAAGUUUUCUUCACUUCGUA